AUGGAAGAGUACUUACAUCAUGGUCAUAUGGAACCAGUACCUAUAUCGGAAGAAAAUGUGUCAAAUGCAGUUUACUUACCUCAUCACGCAGUAGUGCGAGAUGAUAAGGAUACCACGAAGCUAAGGGUUGUAUUUGAUGCAUCUGCAAAGGGGAAAAAUGAGGUUUCAUUAAAUGAUUGCUUGUUGAUAGGCCCAAGUCUUCAACCAGAUCUACGGCACAUUUUGAUGCGUUGGAGGAUACAUCCUAUUUGCCUAGUAGCUGACAUUGAGAAGAUGUACCGGAUGGUCAAUGUAGCAAGAGAGCACGUUGAUUUUCAGCGUAUAAUCUGGAAGGAUAAUAAAUCAGGUGAAGACAGAAUUUUCAGACUUCUUACUGUUACAUUUGGCACGGCUUCUGCACCAUAUCUUGCAAUAAAAGCACUUCAGCAAGUUGCAAUCGAUGAAGGCAUCAAUUACCCUUUAGCAGCAAAGGUGACGUUAAAUGAUUUUUACGUUGACGAUCUGUUGAGUGGAUGCGAAUCUGUAGAGCAAGGGCUUAAGUUAUACAACGAGAUGAAUGCUAUGCUGAGCAAGGGUGGUUUUAAAUUACAUAAAUGGUCAAGCAAUAGCAAUAUAAUGUUAGAAAGCAUAAAGGGGGUAAAUAGUAAUGAAGAAACAAUAGAAGGAAUACAUCUUAAACUAGAUAAUGUAUUAAAAAUAUUAGGAAUUACCUGGGACCGCAGCAGUGACUCCUUCGUGUACUCGGUGAAUCUUCCAGAGAUGCAGCAACCUGUAACAAAAAGAAAAAUAUUAGCUGAUGUGGCACGUCUAUACGAUCCGUUGGGUUGGAUAGCGCCAACCAUUAUACUAGCAAAAGCAAUGAUUCAAAAGCUAUGGUUGGCCGGGUUAACUUGGGAUGAGAUAGUGCCCACAAACUUAAUGGACGAAUGGAUCACUUACCGUGAUAAGUUAAAAGGGUUAUCAGAGUUUCGCUUACCUAGAUGGUUGGGUACUACUUCCAAUAAUACCACAGUGGAAUUGCAUGGAUUUUGUGAUGCCUCCAAGAUGGCCUAUGCAGCAGUUAUUUACAUUCGUGUAAUUAAUCCAAAUGGUUUUAUUCACAGCUCACUUAUUGCAGCAAAAACAAAGGUAGCCCCAGUCAAGCAGGUGUCUAUACCAAGGCUGGAAUUAUGUGGUGCCGUUCUACUUACCAGAUUGAUUUUAGAAGUAGCUAAGGUCAUGAAUAUUCCGAAGGCAAAUCUGCAUGCAUGGACUGAUUCAACAAUCGUUCUUGCGUGGCUCAACAGCCAUCCCAGUCGAUGGAAAGUGUUCAUCGCUAACCGCGUUUCCGAAAUUUUAUGUUCGUUAGACUCACAUCAAUGGGCACAUGUAAUAUCUAAACAGAAUCCAGCAGACUGUGCCUCAAGAGGCUUACAACCUUCUGAAUUAACACAUAAUGAAUUGUGGUUAAAGGGACCUGAAUUUCUUACUGAAGGUACAAUACAAUAUGCGAAACCUAAGGAUAUCAGCACUGACUUAGAGGCAGUAGACACAUUGUGCUGUAGUUAA